GAGCGUUAGGUCGCGACCCCUGCUGGAAGGUGCUGUUUCUCCCUCCUUUCUGGGGCAUCCAAGUCGCUGCCCCCCACGCCCUUCCAACCUCCGUCACAGCUAUUCUCGGCCAGUUUGCGCGGGGACUGGCUGAUCUCCCUUCGGCCGGCCCCGGGGUCUGCGGGAGGGGACUGGGUGGGGAGGGAGACUUAAGGGCGCUGGCAGCUGUCGUUCCGGUCGCUGAGAGUCGGCCCCACAGCUCCAGUUUUUCCAAGUUAAGAGAUAUGGAGAUUUCCACAAGGAUUUGGAGAGGAGCCUCAGCAGUUACUAAAAUUCUGCAUUAGAUCUGUCAGGAAAGAUAGAUGGACUUCGACUUCAAGGCAAUUGCCCAACAAACUGCCCAAGAAGUUUUAGGUUAUAAUCGAGAUACAUCAGGCUGGAAAGUGGUUAAAACUUCAAAAAAGAUAACUGUUUCCAGUAAGGCUUCUAGAAAAUUCCAUGGAAAUCUAUAUCGUGUUGAAGGGAUAAUUCCAGAAUCAGCAGCUAAACUAUCUGAUUUCCUCUACCAAACUGGAGACAGAAUUACAUGGGAUAAAUCAUUGCAAGUGUAUAAUAUGGUACACAGGAUUGAUUCGGACACAUUCAUAUGUCAUACCAUUACACAAAGUUUUGCCGUGGGCUCCAUUUCCCCUCGAGACUUUAUCGACUUAGUGUACAUCAAGCGCUACGAAGGAAAUAUGAACAUUAUCAGUUCUAAAAGUGUGGAUUUUCCAGAAUAUCCUCCAUCUUCAAAUUAUAUCCGCGGUUAUAACCAUCCUUGUGGCUUUGUAUGUUCACCAACGAAAGAAAACCCAGCAUAUUCCAAACUAGUGAUGUUUGUCCAGACAGAAAUGAGAGGAAAAUUGUCCCCAUCAAUAAUUGAAAAAACCAUGCCUUCCAACUUAGUAAACUUCAUCCUCAAUGCAAAAGAUGGAAUAAAGGCACACAAAACUCCAUCAAGACGUGGAUUUCAUCAUAAUAGUCAUUCAUGAUAUCAAAAGAAGAAAUGAGGCCGUUCUGCUAUAAAAUCAUGUGUAGUAGUUAUUGCUGUUUACUUCUAAGUCAACACACAUAAAUAAUACUGUUAAACUAUUCUAGACAGUAUUCUUGUACACAUGGCUGAAGAUAGUUCAUAAAAAUAAGAACUCAUAGUUGUACAAGAAUAUGGCAUUAAAUACAGUUUUUAAUCUCAUGUAAGAAUGAUGUUAAAUAAAAGUGUUAUUAGUAUA